AUGCGCGGAGCGUAUUCCCUUCUCCUCGCCGUGGCCGGCGUGGCCGUGGCCACCCCCCUCCCCACCCCCCCUCUCUUCCGCCCCACCCACAUGAUAACCCGCAACAUGACGCACAUGAGUCCGCUCAUCUCGUACUCUGGUGACGUCGACUUGAUCUUCGCCCCCCCGGGCACGCCCGACGGUACGAUGGCCGACGACAUCACGUUUUCUCACCAUAUUCUCCAGAGUGGGGCGAGUGCCGAGUUCAAUUUCUCCGGCUCGGCAUUCAUAUUGAAUGGAUGGGCCGACGCCAUGUUGCGCGUACGCGAAUACCCCCUCGGCUCAAGUGAGGUGUUGCGCGUACGCGAAUACCCCCUCGGAAUCGAACAGCCAGUGGCGUGGGGUCUCGGCGGGUAUGAGACGGACUAUGCGAGUGUGAGGCUGAGCCCGGCGCCUGGGGCGAGUUAUAUUGAAUUGAGGGGGGCAACACCAUUGGAAACGACGGGAAAAGGCCGGUUUCGCGUACGUGUCGACCCUCCUAUCCAAGGACAUGAUGACGGGUGGCACACGGUGUAUCCAGCCGGAAGCACGCCGGCGGAUAUCGUCCUCUUCUCGUCGGCGCUCGACAGUACCCUCGCAUACAGUGUGACGCUCGAGGUACAGGGGGUGGGAUGGCACUGGGCGAGUGCGUGGUUCCUCGCUGAGAUGGGCGUGCAGCCCAUGCCUAAGUGGAUCGGGCACUGGGGCCGCGUGCGGCGCGUGCUCGACUCGGUGCGCGCCCGGAUGGCUAUUGUGCUCGCGAGCGUCGUCGCGGUCGCGGCUGUCGUGCUUGGCUUUGUACUGGCACGCCGGCGUGUACAGAAGGACGACGGGGAGCGACAGCCCCUUCUUGCCGAGACAGAGGACGAUGCUUGA